AUGCACACUGGAGAGAAACCUUAUGAAUGUAACCAGUGUGGAAAGGCUUUUAAAAGCAAGAAAGGUUUUAUUGGACAUCAGAUCAUGCACACUGAAGAGAAACCUUAUGAAUGUAACCAGUGUGGAAAGGCUUUUAAAAGCAAGAAAGGUUAUAUUGGACAUCAGAUCAUGCACACUGGAGAGAAACCUUAUGAAUGUAACCAAUGUGGAAAAACUUUUAGAAGGAAGAACAAUCUUAUUGUACAUCAGAAAAUCCACACUGGAGAGAAACCUUAUGAAUGUAACCAGUGUGGAAAGGCUUUUAAAAGCAAGAAAGGUUAUAUUGGACAUCAGAUCAUGCACACUGGAGAGAAACCUUAUGAAUGUAACCAAUGUGGAAAAACUUUUAGAAGGAAGAACAAUCUUAUUGUACAUCAGAAAAUCCACACUGGAGAGAAACCUUAUGAAUGUAACCAGUGUGGAAAGGCCUUUAAAAGGAAGAACGAUCUUGUUGUACAUCAGAUAACACACACUGAGAGAAACCUUAAAUGUAAUCAGUGUGGAAAGGCCUUUAAAAGGAAGAACGAUCUCAUUAUACAUCAAAUAACACACACUGGAGAGAAGCCUUAUGAAUGUAACCAAUGUGGAAAGGCCUUUAGAAGGAAGAGCGAUCUUAUUGUACAUCAGAGAAUCCACACAGGAGAGAAGCCUUAUGAAUGUAACCAGUGUGGAAAGGCUUUUAGAACGAAGAGACUUCUUAUUGUACAUCAGAUAACACACACUGAAGAGAAACCUUAUGAAUGUAACCAGUGUGGAAAGUCGUUUAAAAGGAAGGGAGCUUUUAAUGAACAUCAGAAAAUCCACACUGGAGAAAAACCAUAUGAAUGUAACCAGUGUGGAAAGUUUUUUAGACAUAAAUCCAGUCUUACUCAUCAUCAGAGAAUCCACACUGGAGAGAAAUCAUAUGAAUGUAACCAGUGUGGAGAGGCUUUUGCGUGUGAGGGAGCCCUUAAAAGCCAUGUGAUAAUGCACACUGGAGAGAAACCUUAUGAAUGUAACCAGUGUGGAAAGGCUUUUAAAAGCAAGAAAGGUUUUAUUGGACAUCAGAUCAUGCACACUGAAGAGAAACCUUAUGAAUGUAACCAGUGUGGAAAGGCUUUUAAAAGCAAGAAAGGUUAUAUUGGACAUCAGAUCAUGCACACUGGAGAGAAACCUUAUGAAUGUAACCAAUGUGGAAAAACUUUUAGAAGGAAGAACAAUCUUAUUGUACAUCAGAAAAUCCACACUGGAGAGAAACCUUAUGAAUGUAACCAGUGUGGAAAGGCUUUUAAAAGCAAGAAAGGUUAUAUUGGACAUCAGAUCAUGCACACUGGAGAGAAACCUUAUGAAUGUAACCAAUGUGGAAAAACUUUUAGAAGGAAGAACAAUCUUAUUGUACAUCAGAAAAUCCACACUGGAGAGAAACCUUAUGAAUGUAACCAGUGUGGAAAGGCCUUUAAAAGGAAGAACGAUCUUGUUGUACAUCAGAUAACACACACUGGAGAGAAACCUUAUGAAUGUAAUCAGUGUGGAAAGGCCUUUAAAAGGAAGAACGAUCUCAUUAUACAUCAAAUAACACACACUGGAGAGAAGCCUUAUGAAUGUAACCAAUGUGGAAAGGCCUUUAGAAGGAAGAGUGAUCUUAUUGUACAUCAGAGAAUCCACACAGGAGAGAAGCCUUAUGAAUGUAACCAGUGUGGAAAGGCUUUUAGAACGAAGAGACUUCUUAUUGUACAUCAGAUAACGCACACUGAAGAGAAACCUUAUGAAUGUAACCAGUGUGGAAAGUCGUUUAAAAGGAAGGGAGCUUUUAAUGAACAUCAGAAAAUCCACACUGGAGAAAAACCAUAUGAAUGUAACCAGUGUGGAAAGGUUUUUAGACAUAAAUCCAGUCUUACUCAUCAUGAGCAUACCCACACUUUAGAGAAAACUUAUGAAUAUGCAGAUCGAACAGCAAAGAAGUGGAUCCCCACCAGAGACAUUUGUGACUUGGGGAUCCAAGAGAAGGACCAGACAACAGUCCAGAGGGACCAGCCAGAUGUCAACAACCCUUCAGAUGCUGAUGGCAGCCAUGUCCUUCCUGACUGUGACACCACAGACAGCAGAUGCAGUUCUAGUGUAGCAGCUGAAAUGGACUGUAUUGGGUGA